AUGAUUCCUCCCAUCCCAUUGCUUGCGGACUACGGCCUGUCCCCGGAGUCAGGUUUCCUUCCCAGUAAACCCCCGCUUCAGAGUCUACCAGACCCCUACUAUUCAAGAUGGGAGGCGAUCGUGGCCAACCUGCAGGCCCUCAUUCUUAGCCAGCGGCUACGGGUUACAAUUGACCAUAUGCCAAUUCUCUCCACGGACCAACUGAACACCGUACCGGAAUGGCGGCGUGCCUAUGUUUUGUUGACUUUUAUGCUACAUGGUUAUAUCUGGGGUGGUGAUAUUCCCGCUGAGAAAAUUCCACCUUCCCUUACAAUCCCCCUCUUGAAAGUCUCUUCCCACCUCGAACUCCCUCCCGUCGCCACGUAUGCGAGUCUCUGCCUCUGGAACUACAAAUCCAUAUUUCCCGAAGAUCCCGCCGAUAACCUUGAGAACAUUGUCCCAUUCUUUACCUUCACCGGCUCCCUUGACGAGCAAUGGUUCUACCUCAUCUCCAUCGCCAUCGAAGGCCGCGGCGCCGCCACGAUUCCCUUGAUGCUUAAUGCAAUCUCAGCUGCCCGGCAAGGCGACGUAAAAGUCGUCACAGAAUGCCUCCACACAUUCGCCCAACGGCUCGACGAUAUCGGAACCCUCCUGCAACGCAUGUACGAAAACUGCGACCCACACGUCUUCUACCACCGCAUCCGCCCCUUCCUAGCCGGCAGCAAGAACAUGAGCGACGCAGGCCUACCCAAUGGCAUCGUCUAUGACGACGGAACCGGCAAGGAAUCGCGCCACACCUAUGGAGGUGGCUCCAAUGCGCAGAGCUCUCUGAUCCAAUUCUUCGACAUCGUUCUGAACGUCGAGCACCGCCCGACUGGCACGAAGCGCACCGAAAAUUCCCCAUCGAGCGACGAGGGCGGCCAGGCCCCGAGAAAACACCACAAUUUCAUCAUGGAGAUGCGCUCAUACAUGCCAGGCCCCCACAGACGCUUCCUCGAACAUGUUGCCAGCGUUGCGAAUAUCCGCGAAUUCGUCCUGGAGAACCGGUCCGAUAAGGCGCUGUGCGCCGCCUAUGAUUCGUGUCUGGCAACCCUUCGCGGCCUGCGGGAUAAGCACAUUCAGAUGGUCUCGCGAUAUAUUAUUGUCAAAUCACGCGAGACCCGCAACCAGCAGCCUAGCAGCAUUGCGAAAAGACGCGUUGAUAUUGCCCAUCCAGUGUCCCAAGCCAGCAGUUCUCGUUCUGCGGCGGUUGUCAACCCCGCCACGGUCGCUGGCUCUGCUAGCAAGAACCUGCGGGGAACCGGUGGCACAGCGCUGAUCCCGUUCCUCAAGCAGUCUCGGGAUGAGACUGGGGAGCCAGCUAUUGGGGUGUUGGACAAGGGGUUGCCCGUCAAAGGCCCUGCAGAGGCGAGCUAUGCAUCCCUAGAUAUCAUGGAUGAGCAUGCAGAUGGGCAAUUGGAGGUUGUGGGUCUUGCGGGGACGUGGAAGAGGGAAGAGGGUGAAGGUGGGUUGUGUCACUGGUGA